AGGAAUUUCCGGGGAUCGUGUUGCAACGCUCGCAGAGUGGGACGGCAGGCCUCGCUGCGCGUCCAGGGUUGUCGCCCCCUCCUCUCACCGGUCGCGGGCGUCGGCAGUGAGGCCCCUGCGCGCAGUGACCCCGUGUUGCGGGGCGGCCCCGCGCCCCCCAGGCCUCUCUGUUAUGGUAGGGCCAUCCCAGCCCCGAGUUGUCGUCGGGUCUCCGCGGCCCCGGGUUAUCGUAGGAGCUAUCCGACCCCGUGUCAUUGUAGGGUCCGCGCGGGCCCGGACUCCCCGGGACUCGACUCCCCGCCCACAGCUAGCGGCCGGGGUAUCUCCCCGCCCCCGAGUGGUCUUCGGGACGCCCCGGGCUCGGGUGAUUGUGGGCUCUCCGAGACCCGGGGUGAUUGUCUCGUCCCCUUGGCCCGCGGUGGUCGUAGCGUCUCCAAGGCCGAGGGCUCCCACAGGCUCUCCGUGGCCCCGGGUGAUUGUCGGUACCCCGCGGCCGCGAAUAAUCGUCGGGUCCCCACGGGUCCCGGCCGCCGGGGCGGAUCAGGCCUCUGCGCCUUCCCGGGGAGCCCCUCAAGGCCGCAGACAAGAUGAACAUUCUGGCGCCCGUGCGGAGGGACCGCGUCCUGGCGGAGCUGCCCCAGUGCCUGAGGAAGGAGGCCGCUUUGCACGUGCGCAAAGACUUCCACCCCCGCGUCACUUGCGCCUGCCAGGAGCACCGGACAGGCACCGUGGGAUUUAAGAUAUCCAAGGUCAUCGUUGUGGGAGACCUAUCUGUGGGGAAGACCUGUCUCAUUAAUAGGUUCUGCAAAGACACUUUCGAUAAGAAUUACAAGGCUACCAUCGGAGUGGACUUUGAGAUGGAACGAUUUGAAGUCAUGGGUGUCCCCUUCAGUCUCCAACUCUGGGACACGGCUGGUCAAGAAAGGUUCAAGUGCAUCGCUUCCACCUACUACCGAGGAGCUCAAGCCAUCAUCAUUGUCUUCAACCUGAAUGAUGUGGCAUCCCUGGAACACACCAAGCAGUGGCUCGCUGAUGCCCUCAAGGAGAACGACCCUUCCAACGUGCUUCUCUUCCUUGUGGGUUCCAAGAAGGACCUGAGUACUCCUGCUCAGUAUUCCCUAAUGGAGAAGGAUGCCCUCAAGGUGGCCCAAGAGAUUAAGGCCGAGUAUUGGGCGGUGUCCUCCCUCACUGGUGAGAGCGUCCGGGAAUUCUUCUUCCGUGUGGCAGCACUCACCUUUGAGGCCAAUGUCCUGGCUGAGCUGGAGAAAUCCGGGGCCCGGCACAUUGGGGAUGUUGUUCGCAUCAACAGUGAUGACAAAAACCUGUACCUAACUGCCAGCAAGAAAAAGGCCACAUGUUGUCCCUGAGCAGUGAACACUGUCCAGAGACUUCCUAUUCCUGGGGUACCGUGCCACCUGCAACUGCUCCAGAACUCAACCCCUGGACAUUUGCACUGACUUUUUCCAGACCAAAGAGCUAUCCAUUGAUGUCAGUGCCCCCAGAGGGUGACUGGGACCAUGCUAGUCAUUUCCUGCCCCCAGGCACCAUGCCAAAGACUGGAUGACCCUCUGUUCCUCUGGGGCUCUCCAGGGUGCCUGGGGGGGGGUGUCAGUGCUCUUGCUGCUUUUGCUCAGCCUGCUGGGCCUUUUAUGUAAGAAAAUGCUUAAUGAUUUUAGCCUUACACUGUGCCUUAUGCAUUAAAGUCCGUUAUUAGCAUUUUC